GAACUCUUCUUCCCGUCAUGACGCGUCUACGGGGCCGUGCGUCGCUGAUGGUCGUCGCGACGAUCAGCUUCGUUCUGCUGGUCGUCAUAUACCACAUACUGAGCAACGAGAUCGACGAGAUGUCAACGGGCAAGAUCGGGAGCGCGCGUCUGAGAGCCGAGGAUGUGUACCAACAACCAGACGGCACUGCACCGCUGUUCAAGGGCCAUAAGAUCGUCCACCUAGAUCUGAAAGGCGCCCCGCCGAAGAUGAGCUAUUAUAGCUAUCUGUUUCCCUUGCUGCGAAAGCUGGGGGCCACCGGCGUCCUCGUGGAGUACGAGGACAUGUUUCCCUUUGCUGACAGCAUCGACGACAUACGCGCCGGCAACUCUUACUCCAGGAAGGACAUCGCCCAGAUUCAGAGUAUCGCCAGGAACAAUCAGUUGAUCGUCAUACCGUUGAUACAGACCUUCGGUCAUAUGGAAUUUGUUCUCAAGUUGGACAAGUAUAAGGACUUCAGGGAAGUUCCGCGUUACCCGCAAGUCUUGUGCCCUACGUAUAAUAAGACACUACCGUUAAUCUACGAAAUGAUAAACCAGGUCGUAUCUGCGCAUCCGACGUCGAAAUAUUUGCACAUAGGUGCGGACGAGGUUUAUCAGAUAGGAGAAUGCUCGAGAUGCUUGGACGUUAUGGCCAAGAGGCAGUGGAGCAAACGCCAGUUAUUUCUGGAUCACGUUUCCGCGGUGGUCAAAUAUAUUAAACAGAAAUAUCCGGAGCUGACCGUACUUAUGUGGGACGACGAAUUCCGCGAUAUAUCGCCGCAGGAGAUUAUCGACCGAGGCCUUCACUCGAUGGUGGAGCCAGUCAUUUGGAAGUACACCACUGAUCCCGGCACGACGUUAACGGAUCAGCUGUGGGAAAGUUACGCCGCGGUGUGGAAGGAGGUCUGGGUCGCGACAGCGUUCAAAGGAGCCACCUCGCCGGACAGGUAUUACACGGACAUUUCGUAUCACAUGGAGAAUCAUCAGCGUUGGCUAGAAAUCAUUCAGAAAUACUCCAGUCAAAUCACGUUCAAGGGUGUCAUGUUGACCGGAUGGCAGAGAUACGAUCACUUCAGUGUCCUUUGCGAAUUACUACCGAUAGGACUGCCGUCCCUCGCCCUUAAUUUAGCUAUAUUACAAGCCUCGGAUACAAACGGCUUCCCCGUAGAAUUACCCGAUCGUCUAUCCGAAGCUCUGCAAUGCGACGGUAUCGUCUCGUUAAGCAUACCGGAGCCACAGUACGGCUGGACCAAGUGCGGCUUCCACGGAGUGUCGGUAUACGCAGCUGUCUUACGUCUUUACUCUUUGACGCAAGAGAUAACGAAGAUGGAGCAGGAUAAUACCUACAAAGGAUGGUUAAAACCGUACAACAUCAAAUACUCUUUCGCGAGUCCUAGUUACAUCGAGCGUGCGGUUACCGAUUUGGACAGGCAUAGAAUGGAAAUAAUGUAUAUCGAGAAAGAUAUGCGUGCAGCGAUGGAAGAUAUUUAUGACAAUUAUACGGUACAAGAGUGGCUUGACACGUAUGUCGCGCCUCUAAACGAAAAGCUCAAUCAGUUGUGGAAAAUUAAGGAGAAACUUUUGGAGAUAAAUGCGUGGCCAAGGAGACCUCUCACAAAAUCUGAUUUAUAGUAUAAAAACGACAGUUUCUCGAAAUAAGUAGGCGAAGAUGAUUCAUGUUCUUUGUGGUAUAAUAAGAGACUGAAAAUUUUAUUAAAAUAAUACGCGAGAAAAAGAACGCGAAUCUUUUUCGCGAGUAUAAUUGUCAAAAAUUUUUUAGUAAUUAUUUUUUAAGAACGGCGUGAAUAAUCAGUGAAAAAUGUAAAAAUUUUGAACUCGUAAUUUUACAUAUUGAGCAAUCGUUGUACAGAAUAUGUGAUAAUAUGUAAUUUGAUAAGGGAGUAAAUCAAAUCAUAACUUGCACACCGUCCGUAUAAAUUAGUAAAUCUCGUUUAUCUCGGUGGAAAUAAUUGCAUUAUUUAUAAUAGAACUAUAAUAAUAGAUAUUUCUUAUUUAGGUCACCCAAGUUUAGAAGAACUAUUUAUAUGUAAUUAUUUUUUUUCUUCCAAAUGCAAAAAAGAAAUCAUAAAUGCACUAUUAAUGUUCUGAAUGAUUUACAGAGAUAGACGGUGUAUAAAGUAUAAAGAUAGUUAUAGUAAUCUAUUGAUAAAAUAUAUAUUAAACAAAAAAAUAUGAUU